AUGAAGGACGUCCCGCACGCCCAGGCAUACACAGUCCCCGCCGUCCACGCGCACCCGCUCGACCCCCUUUCGCCGGUCGAGCUCGAGCGUGCGUGCGGUAUCGUCAAGGCCAACCGCCCUACGCAGCGGUUGUUCAUCAAGUCGUGCCAGCUGCGCGAGCCACCUAAAGCCGAGCUCGUGCCCUACCUCAACGCCGAGCGGGCCGGCACACCUCUUCCCCCACCCGCGCGCCAAGCCGACGUCCUCUUCUUCGACCUCGCCGACCGCUCCCUCACUGAGAGCAUCAUCAACCUGGACACCGGCUCUGAGACCUCGGAAGUAGUCGAGGGCCACCAUGCCGCGCACUCAAAGGACGAGAUCAUGGAAGCCCGCGAGCAGCUGUUCAAGGAUCCCACCUUCCUGGAGACCGUGGCCAAGCUCAACCUCCCUCCCGUUGACGUGGUUGUCGCCCCAUGGCCCGUUGGGGCGGACAACACCUCCCCGCAGCCCCGCCGUAUCGCGUGGAUCCUCUACUGCCGCGGCCCCUCCAACCACCCCGAUAGCAACCAGUACGCGUUCCCUCUUCCCCCCGUAAUCUUUUGGAACGUGUGGGACAAGCGCGUCGACAGCGUUGAGUGGUGCUACACCGGCGGCGAAGGGGACGCCAUGGUCCACAAGCCUCUUACUGGCAAGAGCGUGAUUGAGGGCAUGCAGCCGGGCGAGUACCUUCCUGAACUGAAUGGUCUUCCCAGGCGCGAGCUCAAGCCGCUGCACGUCACCCAGCCUCAAGGAGUCUCAUUCUCUGUGAAUGGCAACUUGUUGGAAUGGCAGAAAUGGCGCUUCCGCAUCGGUUUCAAUGCCCGCGAAGGGCCGGUGUUGCACGACGUGACAUACGACGGACGGCGCGUGUUCUACCGCCUCUCCCUGUCCGAGAUGCACGUACCCUACGGUGACCCCCGCCCGCCCCUGCACUUGAAGCAAGUCUUUGACUUUGGUGAUGUCGGCCUUGGUAGGGCGGCAAACAGCCUCGAGAACGGAUGCGACUGCCUCGGCAGCAUGCGAUACUUUUCCUGGGCCGAUGUCAACUCGGCCGGACGUGCGUUCACGGCCAAGAACGUCGUCUGCUGUCACGAGCAGGAUAACGGCAUCCUGUGGAAGCACACUAACUCUCCUACCGGACGGGCGACGGUUGUUCGCCAGCGCCUCCUCGUCCUCCAGACCAUCAUCACGGUUGGUAACUACGACUACAUCUUUGCGUGGCAGUUUGACCAGGCCGGCGGUAUCCACCUCGAGACUCGCGCGACGGGGAUUCUCAGCACCUCCCCAAUUGAUAUGGGCAAGACGUCGCCUUAUGGCACGGUCGUGAGCCCUGGCGUCCUUGGCACGAGUCACCAGCACUUUAUCUCGGUUCGCAUUGAUCCGUCCAUCGACGGCGACGCCAACACCAUCACCCAAGACGACGUUGUGGCUGACCCCUGGGGUCCAGAGAACCCGCACGGCGUCGGAUUCCGUGUCUCUUCCACCCCGAUCGCUCAGUCGGGAUGGGCAGACGCCGCACCCGACCAGAACCGGGUGUUCAAGAUCCAGAACCGCUCCGUCAUCAACCCCAUCACCAUGACGCCGGUCGGAUACAAGCUCGUUCCGCUUCCCAGCCAAAUGCGUCUCUCGCAACCAGACGCGAUGAUCACCUCCCGGGCGCCCUUCACCCAGCACCACGUCUGGGUCACCUCCUACAAGGAUGGAGAGCUGUACGCGGCCGGCAAGUAUACGAACCAGUCCAACGGCAAGGCAGGGGGUUUGGAGACGAUGGUGGCCAGGAAGGAUAACACGUUGGACACGGAUGUUGUUCUCUGGCACACGUUUGCACUCACCCACAUCCCACGGAUUGAGGAUUUCCCCGUCAUGCCCGUUGAGACGCAUACGGUUUCGCUCAAGCCGAACAACUUUUUCACAAGCAAUCCCGCGCUCGAUGUGCCACUGUCGACACAGGCGUUCAACAAGUCGACGUUGGCCGAGUGCAGCGGCUGCCCGGCCAAGCUUUAG